CUUAUGCCUCUAGGUGAGUGGCUCCCAAAAUGUGUCGCCUUUAUUGGCUCGGCAUACUGCUGCAGUGCUGCUGCGUACGGAUCGUCCUUUCGGAAGCAUCUUGCGAGAAGUUUAGAUUAGGUGGUCGUACAAUUUUCUUCAACUGUGGAGGCUUCACCAAUGCGUCCGAGUUCGCCACAGUAGUACCGCGCCCCGAGCACAGCAGGCACGGAUUCAUGCUUUACAACAGUCGCCUCGAAUACCUGCCCGUUGACGCAUUCGAAGGACUGACCGCACUGAACGUAACGUUCAACAACGUUCACAUAGAAAACUUCGAGGCUUCGCACCCCAACGCAUUCGAAAGGCUGAACGGCACCCUUGAAGGCGUGGGAUUUUUGGGGCGCUCUACGCUGCCGAAGUCGUGGAGCCUCCUGAAGGACGUCCUCUCGCUUACAUCCCUACGCUUGGAAAGACAGACGGUGUCCUUCGACCGGGAUUGGAACAAUCUUCCGCGCAGUAUACGAAGCAUAUUCAUCAAACACUGUAACGUGACAAACAUGGAGCACGGAUCUCUCGAUGCACUCACGGGCCUCGAGCAGUUCUCCAUUACCGAGAACAAGCUGAAGAAUUUCUCCUGGGCCAUGCUGCCCAAUCCCGCGCCAUCACUGCACACAAUACUGUUAGGAGAGAAUGAACUCACCGAAAUUCCGAAAGGGUUUACGCCGGAACAGUUUCCGGCCUUGUCAAUUCUACACUUAAAGAUAAACGAAAUCACCUCCUGGGAUGCGGAAACAAUUGAUGCCAUUCGCCGCCAUCCUAAUAACCCGAAGCUGUAUCUUGGUAUGAUCCCAUGCGACUGUGGGAUGCGCGUGCUGCUGCAGAUUCCCAAUGAACAAAUUUUCGCCACAUGCUCUUCGCCGGAGCAGUGGAUGCACCGCAGAAUUCACCGAGUUCCCAUCGAAGAGCUACAAUGUUAAAUACUUUGAAAAAAAAAAUGCGAAUAAAAACAGUAGUGGCAGU